GGAAAAGCUGACGGACAGAAAAAGCCUCCAAUCAGGACCAGGAGGAGGGAAAACAAAUCAGAGUUGGCCACGCCCCUUAUGGGCAACUCACAAGCGGCAAGGAAGGAGGAGGCGGCGCAGAGUGGAGGGGAGGAGGAGCCUGAGGAGGAAAGCCACACCCCUCUACCACCUCCAAUGCAGAUUAUCAAAGACCCCAAUAACCCAGAGGCUCUAGAUUCAGAUCAGGGGUCGAAUGAGUCGGACACUGAACAGAGAAACAAAGCCCUGAGGGGACGAAUGUUUGUCGUUAACGAGAUGAUCCAGUCAGAGAAGGACUACGUGAAAGACCUGGGAGUGAUAGCUGAGGGCUUCAUGUCUAGGCUGGAGGUCCGAGGGAUUCCAGAGGACAUGAGAGGAAAAGAUAAAAUCGUCUUCGGUAACAUCCAGCAGAUCUACGACUGGCACCGCGACUUCUUCUUGGUGGAGUUGGAGCGCUGUGUCCAGAACCAUGACCUGUUGGCCGACCUCUUCAUCAGACAUGAGCGCCGGCUACACAUGUACAUAGUUUACUGUCAGAACAAGCCCAGGUCAGAGUUCAUCGUCAUCGAGUAUGAGACUUUUUUUGAGGAAAUCCAGCAUGAGAUCAGCUGUAGAAUGUCCAUCAGUGACUACCUGAUCAAACCCAUCCAGAGAAUCACCAAGUACCAGCUGCUGCUCAAGGAUUUUCUAAAAUAUACAUCCAAAGCUGGACUGGAUACUGAGGAGAUCGAGAAAGCCGUGGAGCUGAUGUCAUUGGUUCCUAAACGCUGCAACGACAUGAUGAAUCUGGGACGCCUGCAGGGAUAUGAGGGGAAGCUGACGUCUCACGGGAAGCUGCUGCAGCAGGAAACCUUUUGCGUGUGGGAGCAGGAUGGAGGAGUUCUGUCUCGCAGCAAAGAGCGCAGAGUGUUCCUGUUCGAGCAGGUCGUAAUCUUCAGUGAGCUGCUGCGGAAAGGCUCCAGCAACCCCGGGUACCAGUUCAAGAACAGCAUCAAGGUGACCUACCUGGCGAUGCAGGACAGUGUGGACGGGGACCCCUGUAAGUUUGUGUUGUGGUCUCGGGGGUCAGCGGAACGCUUCACACUGCAGGCGUCCUCUGCCAGCAUCAAGUUGACCUGGGUGGAGACCAUCGCUGCUCUGCUGGACGCCCAGAACAACUUCCUGUCAGCUCUCCAGUCGCCCAUUGAGUACCAGAGGAAAGAGGGCGGGAUCUCCGUCACCCGACCUUUGUCGUCAGGGCGACCGCCGUCAGCUCCGCCCACUCCCAACGGCCACGCAGCUCAGCCUCUUCCUGACAGUGAUCAGGAUGACCAGGAGCUGGUUUUGGUGCUGCAGGAUUUUGUGGCUGUCCGGGAAGAUGAGAUCUCGGUGUUCCGAGGAGAAAAAGUCCAGAUUUUGUCAUCCAACCAGCAGGGUCAGUGUCUGGUUUACCGACCCGCCCACAGCGAGUCGCCUGCUGCCGAGGGAUGGGUGCCACGGAGCGUGCUCAAAACACACUGACACACACACAGAGACUGAAUGCAGCGCCACAAUCUGGUUUACAAUCACACACACUUCAGUACUACAAACUAACAGGGUCACAAACACGAGAAACUUAGCGGGGAUCAUAAAUAUGGUGAUGUCGACCUGUUCUACACCGUGGUCCUGUUUACCAUCAAAUCUUUUUUAUUUAUAGUCUAAAAUGCUGUCAAACCAUUAAAAAC